AGAAGAUUUAUGUGUUAGCCAUGAAAAUUGAUGACGAGGCAUGGUGAGAAGAAAACAACAACAACAAAAAUAAUAGAUUAAGACUUUGUUUGCGGGAAGAUAUGAGGCUAAUAAUAUUGAGUAUGACGGUGCUGUGUAGCGUGAAGGUGGGAGGGGGAUCUGGAGACUCUAGUUCCGAUAUAUCUUUCAGGAUGGAGACAGAAAAUACCUCCUCUUGCAGGGACAAAAACAAGAAGACAUUGAAGGAGAUAGAAGAUGCCCAGUUAGCCGCACACAGAUGUAUGAUUCGUGAUGUGCCAGUAAAAGUUCCUGAACCUGAAGAUUUUAUCGCUGAAUACAUAUUUCCAUCUCAUAUAGUGGUUCCAAGAUGUUCAGGGGUUUGCUUGGAAAAAUCUGGGUUCUCUUGUCAUGCAAGAAAGAAACCCAAACUUGUCUCUCAUGAAGUUGUCCUCUACAGUCUCAAUGGAACACAGGUUUGCAGAAAUAUUGAGCUAGAACACCACAAGGGCCCAUGCCGUUGUUCCUGCCAGCUCAUUGCAGCAGAGUGUGGCCCAGCACAAACAUUUGAUUCGAACGAGUGUAGGUGUACCUGCUCCAGAGAUAUGAAUCCAGCUAAAUAUCAAUGUGCACAAAGCAUCGGGAGGAUAUGGGAUGACCGACUCUGUAGCUGUGAAUGUGUGAUUCAACAGUGUCAAGUUGGUGAGCGCCUGGAUCAGAUUACAUGUAAAUGUAUUCAGAUUCCAACCUCAUGUCAGCUGAGUCCAGUGAGUAUAGAAGAAUCUAAUCUUGGUGCACAUCCUGCCAGACUUACUACCUACCUAGGAAUCGGGGCGUUGUCACUGGUGGCUAUGACUAUAAUUGCAACUCUUUACUUCAUGUUGGGAAAGAAAAGACCAUAUGGAGAUCUCAGAGUUGAAAACUCGCCAGCAGUUCCGGGACCAGCAUACACUAUUACCAUCAACCAGGAAUAGGCUGGUCAAUGUGCUGAGGGGCUAAUGCCAUUUCCAGAAGAAGAUAAAACCAGAUUUUAAGUUGGAAGUAUCUGUAAGCAAGAUCUAUACUGUACUGCACUGUACUGUACUGUACUGUACUGUACUGUACUGUAAUGUACUGUACUGUACUGUACUGUACUGUA